AUGUGCUCUAAAGACAAAAAGGAUAAUAUAACUCCCAUAUCUCUCGUAAAUUUCGUAAAUGAUGGAGGCAACAUACUCUUGGCGGUAUCUUCGGAAUUAUCAGAAAAUAUUCGUAAUUUCGCCCGAGAGUUCGACAUUGAAUUUGACGAGCGAAAUACUUACGUGAUCGAUCAUUUUAAUUAUGAUGUUUCUGACAAUGGAAAGCAUACACUUUUAAUUUCAAAUAAUUUUGUUAAUAAUGAAGCAAUCUUGAGUAAAGAAGUAAUUGAAGGGGUUCCUGUACUAUUUCGAGGCAUAGGGCAUAAAGCGGGAACAGUACCAUUAUUAACAAAAAUCCUGUGGGCUAAAGAUACUGCCUAUUCAAGUGAUUUUGAGUUAUUAGAACAGGAACCUCUAGCAAUUGGUAAUGAUGUUGGUCUUAUAUCAGCGUUACAAGCAAGAAAUAAUGCAAGAGUUACAUUCGUAGGAAGUCUGGAAUUUUUCAGUGAUCAGCAUUCCAAAUCUGGUAACAAGGCAUUGGUCAAUGAUUUAACAAAAUGGACCUUCCAAGAAAAAGGAAUUUUACGUACAACUUCACGAUCUCACCAUAAAGAAGGCGAAUCUGAACAAUUAGAAAUGUAUCGGAUAAAAGAUAAUAUUAUAUACAACAUAGAGAUCUCGGA